AUGGCAGCUGUUUCAAAAUUAAGAGGAUGCAUCCGCCAAAUUGAAAACAUGAACCCAAGUGGAGCGUCUGAAGAAGACAUUCUAGAUAGAGCAAAAGAUUUAAUGUCACAAGAUGCCAAAUUUCAAAAGGGGUUUAGAUUUGAUCACAUAUGGCCAAUCCUUAAGGACCUCGAGAAAUUUAGUGCUACUCCUAAUAGAGACCAAAGUCCUGACCAAGUUAAUGAAAACAACAAUGCAAGCGAACGUCCUACUGGAAGGAACAAGGAGAAAAAGAAGAAACAACUCAAUAAAGAAAGUAAGGAAUUUUUAAAAUCCAUCCAAGUAGAAAAUGAACAGAUCAAAAAAAUGUUCGAAAAUCAUCAAGAUAUACUUCAAAAAAAUAUUGAGGUUCAGUUGUUAAAAGCUCAAACUGAAGCAAAGAAAGUAGAGUUGGCAGAACGACAAGAAGCGAAUAAAGAGCGUCGAGAAGAGAAGAGAGAGUGUCGAGAAGAGAACAAAAUCUUACGCAUAAAUUUAGAUUCUAUCACAGACCCAAUGGUGCGGGCGUCUAUAAGGAAUGAACAACUACAAAUUGUUGCCAAGAGAGCUAAUGAGCAAACAAGUGUUGAAUCAAGUAGUAAAUUUACUCAAUAUUUUGAUAAUUUGGGAGGAAAUGGGGGUGGUCUUGGAGAUUAUUAG